CACGCCCACUUUUCCCGCAUGGUACAUACUGAAUGAUGAAUGUGUACAGUCGUUGUUCACAAAUAAACUAGAGAUAUCUAUGUGUACCUAACUGGGACGGUGUGGCAGUGUAAGAUGUAUACUGAGGUUGUUCUCAUCUGUUAUAUCAAAUAGAUGUCAGACGACGGAACCGCAGACGAAACUCUACUCUUGGACAGGAAGCUCAUUAGCUUGCUGGCUAGCUGGCUAGCUGUUUUAACUUCCCUCUAAAUAAUGAAGACUUCCAGCGGCAAUGUCACUAUAAUGGACAUGUUUGAAAAGGGAAAAGUCCUGAAAAUAUGUGCGCCAAUGGUUCGAUAUUCAAAGCUUGCAUUUAGGUCCUUAGUGAGAAAAUACGACUGUGACAUCUGCUUCACCCCGAUGAUAGUUGCUGCUGAUUUCUUAAGAUCUGUCAAAGCCAGAGACAGUGAAUUCACCACCAAUGAGAAUGACCGGCCCCUGAUAGUGCAGUUUGCUGCCCAUGAUGCCCAGUCUCUAGCCGAAGCAGCCUCUGUAGUAGCACCUUUUUCAGACGGCGUUGACCUAAACUGUGGCUGUCCACAAAGAUGGGCCGUGUCAGCUGGGUACGGUGCAUGCCUCAUCAACAAGCCUGAACUUGUGAAAGACAUGGUCAGAACUGUCAGAAACCAAGUAGAUAAUCCUAACUAUACAGCAUCCAUUAAAAUAAGAAUUCACAAGGACCUGAGGCAGACUGUGGAUCUGUGCCAGAAGGCUGAAUCAGCCGGCGUGUCAUGGAUAACAGUCCACGGUCGUACGUCAGAAGAACGCCACCAGCCCGUCCAUUAUGAUGCCAUAAAAACAAUCAAAGACAGUGUCUCUGUCCCUGUCAUAGCCAAUGGGGACAUUAAAAACCUCCGUGACGUGGAGUCCAUCCACCAGCUCACUGGAGUCGAUGGUGUGAUGGCUGCGCGGGGGUUGCUGUCUAACCCUGCCAUGUUUGCCGGCUACGAGGAUACUCCUCUGGAGUGUGUUUGGGACUGGGUGGACAUAGCUUUAGAGCAGGGCACUCCGUUCACCUGCCUCCACCAACAUCUCAUCUACAUGCUGGAGAGAGUGAGCUCUCAGCCUGAGAGAAAAGUGUUCAACUCCUUAUCCAGUACCUCGGCUGUAAUAGAUUACCUCCAGAACACAUAUGGGUCAGUACAUGAGCUAGUGUUCCCUCAGGAUCCUUCAGCAGAGAUGACGCUUCAAUGGACUGCUGUAGCCCUCUUUCUCUAUGUGGAGAUGGGCGUUCUGGUCAUCCUCUGUUUACCCUUCAUUUCAGCCAAGAGGUGGGUGAGUAUUUUCCAGCUGAGGAUUUGGGGCUUUAUGUCAAGGUUCUGGAACAAAGUGUUUCUCACAAUGAUCAUCAUACUUAUCGUUCUCUUCCUUGAUGCUGUGCGUGAGGUGAGGAAAUACUCGGCUAAAGAGCUUGGCACAGAUGCCAAGCUCCAACCCAACAUGUUUGAUCACCUGCACAUGAAGCUGUUCAGAGCCCAGAGGAACCUCUACAUCUCUGGCUUUGCUGUCUUCCUCUGGCUGGUCAUGAAGCGAGUGGUCACCUUGAUUAACCAACUGGCAGCAGUGUCUGCCAGCACGGCUGAUCUUCAGGGACAGGCUGACAGUGCUAACCAGACUGCUAAGAAGUACAUGGAGGACAACGAGAUGCUGAAACAGGCUCUGAUGGGAGGAAAGGGCGAUAAGGCUACAGCAGAGGGCAUGGAGCUGUUGAGGAAAGAAGUGGAAAAACUGAAAGUAGAACUGAAGACCUCGACAGAAGCUCUGAAGAACUCUGAAUCUGAGGCCGAUGUGAUGAAGAAGCAGACGGAAAGCCUCGCUCGAGAGUACGACCGACUGUUGAACGAACAUCAGGAACUCCAGAAUCUUCAAGACAGUGGGGACAAAAAAGAGGAUUAGUUAAUCGUGAAAUCCUUCUCAUGCUUGAUGUUUUCACACAGAAUGAGUCACUGCAACACAUAUUUUACUCCGUCAUGACACCUUGUUGUCACAGUACACGUCACACAAUCAGGACUGGCUCUCUGCGGCACAGACUCUGGAUUAUAUGAGUAAUGGUUUGAAAUAGAAUGAGUCAUAUUUUUCUGUUUCUGCUUGGCACAGUGCGGCAGAGACGGUGGCUUUACAAGGUGACACUGUGUGGUGCACAUUAAUUGAAGGUAAUUGGAGAAGAAGAAAAAAAAAGAGUCAGUAAUGGAUGCAGGUCUGAUCGAGCAGCUCUUAAAAAAGUAUGAUGGCCUUUUGAUGCUUAGUGGCAUUAGUCAGGUGUUCAGUGUGGAGCGCAAAACUUCGCGUGAUGCUUGAAGGCUUUUAUUUUGAAAAACUAUGAAUGUAUUUUGAUACUAUGGCUUUGCUUUUUCUUUUUUUUUAAUUCUGGAUGUAGCACAGACGCCUGCCACGCCCACUUCAGCAUGUCUGUGUUAUCUAUGCUUGCAGGGCUGUUUGCAUGUACAGGUACACUUUGACACUUCAUCCUUACAUGUUUAUAUUCCACCUUAUGUGUUUGUUUGUUUUUAACCAAAUUAGGGUUGGUGAUAGAUAGUGUUUGUUGUUCACAUCAUUCGUUUGGUUGAUGUAUCUGGUUUGAAAAUAAUGUAUAGAGAAGACACCAGUUUGAACUACAUAGAGUCUAAGUUUAAUGUGAAGUUGAGGUGAAAGGUCAGAGUUUAAAUUAGUCUAUUGCAUGUUUUCUAAACCACAGAAGUUUGCUGCACUGUGUUUUAUGUUUUUAUUCGAUUGGUUAUUUGGAGAGAUGUUGAAAAAAAGGGGGCUGCUAAAUUUGUAUGUUUCUGUUAUUCUGACAUCUUUUCACUUUGAGAAAAAGACAAGGUUGAAAUCACCAUAGGCCUCCAUGUUCCCCUCUUUAAGAUUGAUGAGUAGGUUAUUGGAUUCACCACAGGUUAUGUGGUCUUAAGAAUGUGUUCCUACACAUCUACACAGAAAUCACAUUGAAGUGCCUUUUGGGUGGAUGUUGCACAGUUUGCUAAAUAAAGGCUUCAUUUCUUUA